UUCACAGUCUCAAAGGCAAGAGAAAGUAUGUGUUACCCAGUUCACUUGGGAUUACAGUACAUAGUUCUGAAAUGGAUGGAAAUCACAACAGUUCCUGACUGUAGCCUAUAAAGGACCACCCACUUAACUGAUAAAAAACGAGGUUUUGUGGUGUUCUGUGGAAAACGGAAAAAAAACACUCAUUUUCUCAUCUUGCUAACCACACAGCGAGCAAACAGAGAUUCUUCUUUGAGCUCAGACUUGGGAGCCUGUCUUUGCCUCUCUCGGUGAGCCUGGACUGCAGUGAAAAGUGGACUGUUCAUCAGACGAGGUUAAGGUAAACAAAGGCUCAACAGCUUGCACGGAAAUGGCAGAUAACAUUCUGCUGAUGCUUCUUUUCCUUCCUCUCAUAGCCAUGACCAGUGCAGAAGAAACAGAAAGCAGCUCCUGCUACCGGAUAGCACCGGCUACCUUGGCAGGCGUGGUUCUCGGUGACAUCGCACUCACGAUUUUCAUCGUCGGUGUCACGUAUUGCUGUGCAAGCAAGCGUAGACAGCAGAAGGAAAACGCUGAUAAGGUCUACAUGAAUGUCAGAGCGAACUGCAAAGCAUGAGGACCCGAGGAGGAUGUCGCUCCGACAGUAACUCUCACUUUGAUGAUAUCAUUAUACUGAAUCACUGAUUCCACGCGAGGCCCUCACAAACAACGGACAGAUGUCUAAGCGCUAUGGACAUUACUAUUCAAGCCUGCUAAUACAAACAGUGCUGUACGUAGACUGAACACAGUCGUACACAAUUGGAUUUCCUGACCAAUGAUCAGGAGUCUGUGUGCGCACACUGACAGAACAGGCAUUAGGUUUUAACAGGUUCAGUGAUGGUCCAGUUUGAAACCAUGCCAAAAGUAGAUUGAUUUAAAAAAAAAAAUGGCAAAAAAAAAAUCAAUCAUAUGCAAAAGCUUUAACACAUCUGAUCAAAUUACUCUUGAUUUUCUAAAUGACAAUAAGUUAACACAUCCUCUACUGAGAACAAACUUAGAUUUUUUGCUAAUUUUACUGCCCAUUUUCCAAUUAUUGGUCAAAUUUAAUGUGUUGGGGUUUUAUGUUUAUGCAGCUGUCGUUUUAUGCUUUUCCAAUAUGUUAAAUUCAGCAAACAAACAGUAAUUGAGCAUUAACAUGUGCAGAGAUGUGUUCUCUGUAGUUUUCCCUUAGAUAUUCAACAAAACACGUAAUUCGACAAGGGGUGCUCAAACUUUUUAAUACAACUGAGUAUCUGUAUCUCUAUAAAAUGUGUUGAAAUUUGUACAUUUACAGGAAUAGUAAGUUUAAUUUAUAUAGUGCUAUAAAUCCAAGGCUAUAUAAAUAUAGUUUAAUGAUAUUAAUGAAAACAAAUCUUGAAUAAUAGUUGUAUUAAGGUUGUGUAAGGCCCAAACUCUUUAUAAACUUUUUUAUGGAAAAAAAUGAAAAUGGCUAUAAUGCGUUUUUCAACAAAACGCUUCAUGCAUAUAAUCAUAUAUAGAGAAUUUAUUUUUUACGUGUUACACUGUUUAUAUGACUUUUGGCUGAAUUCAUAUUUUUGUAUUAUAUACUUUUGAAUGCGUCACGUGCGGUACGAAGGCUUGUAUGUUUACUUAUAGAUUUACUUACUGAUUCUUAACACUCUUUUCUUUACUAAUAAACUAACAGAACUAUACAGACUUUAAAGGGAAAUUCCACAGUUUUUUCAAAAUUUCUGCUGAAUUCUGUAGUUAAGAUGUCACCAAAGUCAUUUACAGGGGUUUGGUGUGAAAUGCUCUGUUUUAAAGAAACCGAGCCAGAAUCGUUCACAGUGGUGGUGAUAGGAACCAGACA